AUGGAGCGCCUCGAUAAAGCAGCGCUAAACGCCCUGCAGCCGCCCAACGUCAGAAAUGAAAGUUCAUUAGCAUCUACCCUGAAGACGCUCCUGUUCUUCACAGCUUUAAUGAUCACCGUACCUAUUGGGUUAUAUUUCACCACGGAGUCUUAUGUUUUUGAAGGCGCCUUUGGGAUGUCCAAUAGGGACAGCUAUUUUUAUGCUGCUACUGUUGAAGUGGUCUCUGUUCACAUGGUGCUGGCUGUCUCUGUCUAUGUGGCCUGGAAUGAAGGCUCACAACAGUGGGGUGAAGGCAAACAGGAUUAA